UUUUGGCCUUUUGGUUUCGAGUUUGUGAAUGGCAGGGCGUAGCACACGUAUUCUGACGUGGCUGCGUGCGCUCGACCUGCUGAGCGGCAAGCAGCUGAGCAACGGGCAUCCACCGAGCCCCACAACGCCAUCCACGGCACCAUCAUCGUCGCCGGAUGAGCUGGUGGACGACAUUCACCUGCUGCCCUACCUGAAGGACGGCAUCAUCCUCUGCCAGCUGGUCAACCGCCUCCAGCCAGGCUCCGUCGCAGCCAUCAACAUGGACAUUACGCGCUCAUACAAGGCCCUCGAGAACAUCAAGCGCUUUGUCGGCGCCUGCCGCACUCAGUUCAACCUCCAGCCAAACGAGCUCUUCGAACCCAAGAUCUUGUACGAAGGAACCGGAUUCUCACAGGUCAUGCGCACGCUCGAGCUCCUCGAAACGAGGGCCGCAGACCUCGGCAUGGGCCCGCUCUUCCGACAGGUGCAGGCUGCCACCCACAAACACGAUGGCAGCAGCGACGACGAGGACCCAUCCCACACCAAUGGUGGGAGCGACAGCGCAGGCUCGGCCUCCUCGCAGAAACGCAACGCCAACGGAGCUGCUGCGGCGAGCGUCGCGCAACCCACGGCACUUGCGCUGUACUCGUUCGUUGCCACCAAGACAGACGAGCUGUCGUUUGAUGAGGGCGAUAUUAUCGUGCUGACCAAGGUCAUUGAUGGUGGUUGGUGGGAAGGCACCGUCAAGAACAGCACGGGCUGGUUCCCCAGCAACUAUUGUGAAAUUCAAGAGGGCAUGUCGGCCGCAGCAACGCUGGCUGCAACUGGCGCCGAGGAGCACAUUUAUUCUCCCGUCACGGAGGACUUGGUCCCAGCAAAGCCAUCACAGCCAGUGGCGUCGGCUGCAGCACACCCGCGAUUGAGUGUGGUUGCCUCCGUCCAGCGCGCUCCCUCCACCAGCUCGCCCACAACCACCAUCCGCCGCGACAAGCGAGAGAGCAUGCAAGUCUACCAAAACCUUGUCGCCCAGGAGAUUGUCGACAGCGAACGCAAGCACGUCCAUCUGCUCGACAACUUCCUCGGGCGUUAUCUGCCAGGCGUCCAAGAGGCCGCAUGGCUGAAUGACGACGAUAAGCAGUCGCUUUGCUGCAAUAUGGAGGCGCUGCUCUCCUUCCAUCGGCAAUUCCUUCAAGCCCUCGAGGCGGCAACACAGGUCGAUCCUCACGAACAACGGUUAGGAGGCUGCUUCUUGAGCGCCGAGCCCUAUGCCCGCGAGGCCUACACUGUGUACUAUACGCUGCAUCCUCGCGCAAUCACCUUCAUCACGCAACACCAGGACGAUCAGCAAUUGCACGAGCUCUUGAAAUCGAUUGGCAUUUCGACCAACCCAGUCACGCUCGGCUUGGUCCAGAGCCUGGCCAAGCCCAUGCAACGCAUGACCAAGUACCUUGCUCUCCUCAAGGAGGCUGAGCGCUAUGUUAAUGGAGACCACGUCGACGCCACCGACAUGGAGGAGGCCGUUGCCCGAAUGAACGAUCUGUUUGCCACUCUGACCGAGACGCGAAAGCGCAGCGAGGAUUCGCUGAACAUUUUCAACAAGAAGAUUGAUGGUCUCAAGCCGCAAGACCAGGCCACGCUUGGCGACUUGCUUCAGAGCGCCACGUUCCCCAUGGCGUCCAAGGACAGCGUUGCCCUCAAAGAGCGCAUGCUGCUCCUGUUCACCAAUGCGGUGCUGAUUCUGGCGCCCGAUCCAAAAGGCCGGUUUGACUAUUUGGUCAAAGAGCGCAUCCCGCUCGACUGUCUCAACGCGUCCAGGCGUGUCAACGAAGUAACGCAUGGCUUUGAAGUGUCUGGCACCAAGCCCAACCGCUCGUGCCAAGUGUCGUGCAGCUCGAGUGGCGAGUGCGAUGCUUGGAUUAGUGCCAUCAAUUCCCUCCUCGCUGGCCACACUGCCAUGGCCCGAAUGCCGGGCGAUUUGCAGUCGGAAAUCGCCAGCGCAAACUCCAAGCCCAAGAAAUUCAAGUGGGUCACCUCAACCUUGAAAAAGAUCAGUGGCAAGGACCGGGAUCGCGCACGGGACAGUGAUCAGCAGCAGCAGCAGCAGCAGCAGCAGCAGGGUUUUGAAGAGUCGUCGUCGAGCGCUGGGGGCUCUGCGACGACCGACGGGUCUGGCAGCGACCAGACUGCUCCUCAGAACGGCACUCUUUCGCGGACCAAGAAUGGCGGCAGCUCCUCGCCCCAGCCCUCUCCGCCCACGCCUCGCAGCUUCUCACUCUCGAGAAAGCCUGCGCCUUUGCCUCCAUCGUCCUCGUCGGCUACGAGCUUCAACGAGGUUGCCGCGUUGGAUGUGCGCCAACGCUCGCUCACGUCCGACCCUCAACUGAAAAAGUCUCGAGCAAGCACACUGCCGUCCUCGCGCGCUCCGCCUGCUGCCGCCCUGGAGGCGGUUGCUGCCGGCGGUCUAAGUGCAUCGUCCGCGACAGUGGGCAUGCCACUAGAAGGCGGGUCGCCGCUAAGUCGCAGCGUGGAACUUAUCAACGACCAUCCAUCAUCAGACCUACCCAGCAAGUCCACCUCGGGCUCGGUGCCAGCCCUGCGCUCAUCGCCUUCGUCGUCUUCCAACAGCUCGGCCACCAGCUUCCCUGCGCCAACGGGGCCUCUGCCGCCUCUGCCUCCUCUGCCCAAGCAGUCACUCAAGUCGCAAAUCUCCUCCUCUCUCAAGCGAAUCAGUCGCACAGCCAGCACUCAAAACAUGAAAGAAUCGCCAUCGGCUUCCAGUCUAGGGCAGCCCCCGUCGCCGCUGUCUGCCACUGUCCUCGAUGCGGCUGCGCCUCUCUCCGACGUGAUUAUCGCCGUCAAUUCACAAAGCGAGCAAAUCAACUCGCUUCUUCGGGAGUUGACGGUCGUGCGAAUGGCACUUGAGGAAGAGCGGGCGGCGCGUAUUGCGCUUGAACUCAAGCUUGCUCAAUUCAACUCGAGCAACAAGAAAGCUUGAGUGGAAAUCACUCCCAACGAGCCUUACUUUCCUUUCCCUCCCCUCUCCCAUCUUUACUUUUUUCAUUGCCGGCAGGGCUUUCUCGUUCGUUUCUGAUGCUGUCUUUGCUGUAUUUCUGUUCUCGGUUUGUUUGUUUGUUUCAAAAUGUCGUAUUUUCAUCGUGGCUGCUUGUGUGUCGUUUGGUUUUGUCGCCCUCGUUUGGACGAUCGAAUUGAAUGCUGAGAUUAUUCAAACAAUAUCAACUAUUGGUGAA